AUGGCUCUCCUGGGGCCUCCCUGGCUGGGUGGACAGGUGAAGGGAGCCCGGUCUCCUCCUGCGGUGUGGGGGAAGGGCAGGAGGGAGACCCUCCUGGUCCUGAGCUCCUGGCAGGCGCUGUGCUGGGGGAGGAGGCAGGAGGCACCGACUGGCACUGCCCAGGGGGCGCCUCCUCCAGCCCUUCGGAUGCUCGAGCUCCAGGAGCUCCACCCGGAGCCCAAGAGCACCUGCCACCCCCCUUCCCCAGGCCCCUGCCCCACCUCGAGCGCCAAGGCCGCUGGGGGAGGGGGACCUGCCGUUUCCUCCUGGCUCCAGGGUGGGCACCUGCCCCGCUGCCCCCUCCCCCGCCCGCCGCAGUGUGCCGGGAAGCGACGGGCACGCCAGAUGGCGUGGCUGAGAAUGCGGCGACGUUGCCGGGAGCUGGGACAGAGGAGCCAGGCCUCGCAAAAUCCUCCAAGGAAGUCCUUGGCACCCAACGGACCUCCUGCCACUCGCUGCUUCUUUCUCCUCCUCGUCCUUCGUCUGCGGAGCUCCGGGUUCUCGCCUCACCGACCCCCGUCCGCGCCUGGCACUGCGCCCAGUGCGCCCCAGCCGCCCGAUCGCGUUCGCAGCCCUGACUUCGUGCCUGCCGGGUUCCAUGGCACGUGCCCCGCGCGCCCUUGCCGCACCCCUCCAGACGGCUUCCGGGCCCUUCCUGACCUCCAGAGGUCGCCUGGGGACGUCGAUGGUCCGGGCUUCGAGGUGGGGGAGGCGGCGAUGGCCGCUGGGAGAGGACGCUGCGCCUUUAAGGUGCCACCGCCGCGUGGCAGGGAGACAGCUUGUGCCAGCCCCAUUCCGCCCGGCUCCGCUCGCGACGAGAAACACAAUGCAUAA